GGCUCUGCUGGCCGUGGAGAUGCAUUCAGUCGCUGGUUCCCCACUCGGAAGCAACCAAAUUCACUCCACUCUACUCUACUCAACUCUUCCCCCCAACAAACACACUCACCCGAAUCGUCGCUAUGAACUCCUUCUCAGUGUUCUUAGUGUUCGCGCUGGCCGCUCUGGCUGCAGCAGAGCCACCAUCCGGAUAUAACUAUCCCCGCGGCGGAGGCGGUGGUGGCGGCGGCGGAUUUGGAGGUGGCUUCGGCGGCGGAUUCGGAGGUGGCGGCGGCGGUGGCGGUGGCGGCUACCAGGCUGUGAGCGGCGGCUUCCAGACCUCCGAGGGCCAGAACGUGGAUCCCCAGCUUCUGGAGCAGGUGCGUCAGAUCCUGCUGAACGAGGAGAGCAAGCAGGGCGGCGGUGGUGGUGGAGGCGGCGGCGGCGGCGGUGGUGGCUACCCUAGUGGCCCAUCCAGCAGCUACGGUCCACCUUCCACCAGCUACGGAGCCCCCGGAAUCGGAGGCGGUGGCCGUGUCGUGGGCAUCGAUCUGGAAGGCGUCCGCCAGGCCAUCCAGGUGGCCCAGUUCGCCCAGCAGAGCUCGCAGGCGGGAGGUGGCGGCGGUGGAUACCCCAGUGCCCCAUCCGGAUCGUAUGGAGCCCCUUCAAGGCCCAGCGGCAGCUAUGGAGCGCCCUUCUAGAUCUUCGCCAGGUCUCACAUCCGAAAGACACACCUCUGCCAAAAAUGAAUACCGACGGACACGAAACCGACAAAGACGACUCCAACACUAAACCAAUUUGGGCAACCUGGACCUAAAAAAGGAACUACCGAUCACCGAUCCGCUCUGAUCCCGAGAGAACUGGAGAUCGCUUCCCCUUCUCAAGCCCUCUUCCCGAACUCAGCGACUGUACCCCAACACUCUGAAACGCCCGAUCCCCGGAAACCCCAACCCACUCGGGACUUCGUCUCGGGCUUUUUUGUAACCCUUGUAAAUAGUUUCUCACACUACACGAAUACAAGAAAACCCGAAAACGAAAGCCACACAACAACAC